GCUAUAAUACGACCGCCGACUGAGCUGCAUAUCGCCGCCAACUCUAACUCUAUAGUUUUUCGUACGCACAGCGACUACGGCCGGCGGCGUCAAUCGCAUUCGCUCAUUCGCAUAGCGACCGCGAUCGCUAUUGCCAUUUAUUGUUUAUUUGCGCUUGGAAUUUCUUCGACACGGACACGGACCACAAUUAUUUGAACACUGUUACUGUAACAAUUUUAUCGUUUUCAUACGAUUUUCGAACUCUUUCUGCGCAACAAUAUCUCGGGUCGCAUACCUUUUCCUCCACGGCGAUACACCACCAGGACACAUCAUGACGACCGACGAAUGGGGAUACGAAGAGUUUAACGGACCAUCGGUCUGGCCAAAAUUCUUUCCUCAAGCUGGUGGUUUAUUACAAUCACCAGUUAACAUUGAAACUUCGAAAUCUACCAACGACAUGACCCUAAACUGUAAACCUUUGUACUGGAACUACUGCCCUGAAAUGUGCACAAAAAUUAUCAACACCGGAUAUGGUUGGAAAGUGGAUGCUACUGGCGGUGAAGGAUCAGAACUCUCAGGUGGUCCACUGGGACAUAAGUACAAAUUGGAACAGUUUCAUUGUCAUUGGGGAUGUAGUAGUUCCAAGGGAUCAGAACACACCGUAGAUGGAAUUCCGUAUGCUGGCGAGUUACACUUGGUCCACUGGAAUUGUGAUAAGUACAAUUCGUUUGCCGAAGCCAUUGCACAUCCAGAUGGUUUGGCAGUACUCGGAGUGUUCUUACAGGCUGGAACUGAAUCUCACGAUGAAUUGGAGAAAAUUGUUUCAUUGAUUCCACAGGUUGCCUUACGAAAUCAAACUGCUGAAAUAACCAAUUCCAUCGAUCCGACAAAUUUGCUGCCUGAGGACGUAACUUACUGGACAUAUCAUGGUUCACUGACAACUCCACCGUGUUCGGAAUGCGUCACAUGGAUCAUGUUCAAGAGCCCCUUAGAAGUCUCCGAGAAACAACUGAACGCGUUCCGAAGCAUGAGGACAUGGACACCCGAAGAGUGUUGCUCUGAAGCGCAUGGUGGACCUCCACUGGUGAACAACUACAGGCCACCACUACCACUUGGCAACAGGGUGCUCAGAGAGUGCGGUGCCAUGUGAGGUGACCACGUCGGACAAGCAGAUUAUUAUAAUUUAUAUUUAUUGUUUAAUUAUAUUAUUGGCUGCCAUCGCGUUUUAACACGCCCAACCGACGGUCUCAGCAACAAAACCACCGCCACCACAAGCACCACCGCCGGAAAGCUAAUGUAUACGGAACGAUUUAUUUCAACAAUUUUUCCUUUUUUUUUUUUUACGCGUUUUUAGAUAUAUUAUAAUAUAAUAAUAUG